AUGUUAAUGCUGACAGAGCAGCUGCGAACAGUGCGGCAAGAGCCUUUGUUCAACGAAGCCGUACUGGAGGUAAUCGAGGCGCAGAAAGGAAUUGAGGAAGACGUAAGCGAAGAGGAUGAUAGCCAAGAGGACGGCGAUGAAGGGGCAGACAAAUCGGAUGCUGUGCAAGUUGUUCAGGUUGGUCAGGCCGGCGAAGAAGACGCUAGCAGCGCGGGGGCUGCUGAUGAAGAUAGUCGUCUUUUCUACAGAUACGAGGUCAUGAGCGACGCUCUGGGUGAUUGCCGUGAAAAGGAUUCUAUAUCAGUUUUCGUUGAAAAAUGGCCAGUUGUGCCGAAGAAACACGCACCAGACGAAGAGCAGGAGGUCGACCAAUCGCAACGUCAGCCCGAGGACGAAGGCAAGGUUGAGACUGGAGAUGAACAGGAUAAUGUGAAUAUGAAGAGAAAGUUGGCGAUGACUAUCCACAUGACGAAGCAAGCUGUCAACAAGAAAGCCAAGGUGCUAAUUCGCGUUAUCCAAGAGACCGAAGAUGGGAACGGUGUCGUGUCAUUGGACGAAGAACGCGAAGACAAACGAGGAUACUAUUACGGUCUUUUGGCACUGAGUCAAUCACUUGGAGCCAACGGUCCUGAUCAUGCCAUCGAAUUGACCUGCGUCACCGUAGAAAUGAUGCAGCUCCGAGAAGAAGAUUGGAAUCCUUACUCGAGCGAAGAUCAUGAGUUCGAUUUCGAACUUGAAGUCAACGAUGACGACUAUCAUCCAAGACAAAAGACCGCGGAUGAAAUUGCGAAGAAGGCUGCCAGAAAGAGGCUUGACGGCUCCAUACUCGCUAGCAUUCGACCAAGAAGAGAAGGAUAUAAUAGUCAGCGCGUCCAACGUACCGUAGUACGGCCCAAAUAA